CGUACAAUUGUAGGAUGUUUUGAGGAAAAAAAAGAAAUUCUGAAAAAUCAUACUAAAACCCUCUGUCCUCUCAAGUAACCCGCCAUUAGCAUCCCUCUUAGCUCACGGAGAUCGUUUUGUUGUUCGAAUAGCGGAGGGCGGAAUCGAUUACGGCGCAUAAUUUUUGUGCAUCAGGAAAAAAAAAUGCUGCCACUUUCUCUGCUCAAGACUGCACAAGGGCAUCCCAUGUUGGUGGAGCUGAAAAAUGGGGAAACUUACAAUGGCCAUUUAGUGAAUUGUGACACUUGGAUGAAUAUCCAUCUGCGUGAAGUCAUCUGUACCUCAAAGGAUGGAGAUAGAUUUUGGAGAAUGCCGGAAUGCUACAUCCGUGGUAAUACAAUUAAGUACCUCCGAGUUCCAGAUGAGGUUAUUGAUAAAGUUCAGGAAGAAACGAAGACCCGUUCAGAUAGAAAACCACCUGGAGUUGGACGAGGAAGAGGAAGAGGUAGAGAUGACAAUGCUGCUGGAAGGCCGUCAAAAGGGACCGGGCGUGGUAUAGAUGAUGGAGGUUCCAAAGGUGGGGGGCGAGGAAAGGGUGUGGUCGGCAGCAAGUCUUCUGGCAGAGGUGGAGGGCGUGGCCGUGGAUGAUGCGUCAAAGCUUGGGGGCUAAUAUAUGUGCGAAGACUGCCCUUUUUAUUGGCAUGAUAUGUGUGUCAAAGUACAGAGGUAGAAGGAAGAUGUUGGGCAUGCUACCGUUUGGUAAAAAUACGCAAGAUAGAAGUUUGUUUCAGAUGAUCAAACAUAAACACUGUUUCAAUUCUUCUUUCGUUUGCUGGUGCUUAUUUAAACCUGUAUCAAGUAUGAUCGUGCAAUAUUUUGUACUAUUGCCAUGCUCAAUAUUUUUUCUAAUUCAAAGUCCUUAGCGGCCAGAGGUUUUAAGA